ACAAUUGUGUAUUGUUACUAAUCUAACUUUUAAGUUGUGUUGUGGUGAUAAGUUGAAAUGGCUGGAAGGAAUGACGCUGCAAUGGCUGCCGCAAUGCAAGCGAUGGCACAAGCUGUGCAGAACUUGCCAAAUGCUGGUGGAGAUGCUGGAUCACGUAGCUUGGCGACUUUUCAAAGAGAGAAUCCGCCGGUGUUUAAAGGGAAGCAUGACCCAGAUGCAGCCUUGGGAUGGUUGAAAGAGAUCGAGAGAAUCUUCCGGGUUAUGGAUUGCACUCCAGCUCAGAAGGUUCGGUAUGGUACUCACAUGCUAGCAGUCGAAGCUGAUGACUGGUGGCUAGAGACUUACGAGAGGUUGACCGUAGCAGGUGAAGUCAUUACUUGGGAUGUAUUCCGUAGGGAAUUCAUGAGAAAGUAUUAUCCGGAGGAUGUCCGUGGUAAGAAAGAAAUUGAGUUCCUUGAGCUGAAGCAAGGAAACUUGUCUGUCACUGAUUAUGCUGCAAAAUUUGUGGAGUUGUCCAAAUUUUAUCCUCAUUACACUGGUGCUGGUGCUGAAUUUUCAAAGUGCAUCAAGUUUGAGAACGGACUGCGCUCUGAAAUUAAGAAGGCUGUUGGGUAUCAGAAAAUACGCAUUUUUACUGAAUUGGUGGAUAGCUGCAGGAUAUUUGAAGAAGACAAUAAUGCUCAUUACAAGAUUGUCAGUGACCGCAGGGGCAAGCAACAUCAAAAUCGUGGCAAGCCGUAUGAUGCUCCAGUGGGAAAAGGGAAACAAGGAGCUGCUCCGGCUCAGAGGACUAGUAGGGGAGGUGCUCCUGCUGGUAUAGUUUGCUUCAAAUGUGGUCAGGCUGGUCAUAAGAGUAAUGUAUGCACUGCUGAAGUAAAGAGGUGUUUUCGCUGUGGUAAGACUGGCCAUGCAAUAGCUGAUUGCAAGCACAAGGAAAUGAUUUGUUUUAAUUGUGGCGAAGAAGGGCAUAUUGGAAGUCAGUGUCAGAAGCCAAAGAAAUCUCAAACUGGAAAGGUGUUCGCAUUGACCGGAACUCAAACCUCCAGUGAGGACAGACUUAUCCGAGGUACAUGUUUCAUAAAUGGUACUCCUUUAAUUACUAUUAUUGAUACCGGUGCUACACACUGUUUUAUUUCUGCUAACUGUGCUCGAAGACUGGGUUUAAAAUUGUCCGCUUUGAAUGGUGAAUUGAUUGUUGAGACCCCAGCUAAGGGAUCAACAACUACUUCCUUGGUGUGUUUAAAUUGUCCUUUGUCGAUCUUCGAUAAAGAUUUCUAUGUUGAUUUAGUAUGUUUGCCGUUGGGUGGGAUGGAUGUAAUUCUUGGUAUGAACUGGAUGGAGUAUAAUUAUGUUCAUAUAAAUUGUCAUCAUAAGUCGGUGAGGUUUUCCACUCCUGAAGAGGAAGGAGUUGACUUAUUACCUUUCAGAGAAUUGCGAAAAUUGAUGAAAGAGGGAGCUCAGAUGUUUUCUUUGAUGGCGACGUUGUCGGUUGAGAGUAAAGCUAAGAUAGAGGAACUGUUAGUGGUGAAAGAAUUCCCUGAAGUUUUUCCUGAUGAAAUUCCUAGUGUGCCGCCAGAGAGGGAAGUUAAAUUUACUAUUGAUUUGGUGCCUGGUACUAGGCCUGUUUCGAUGGCACCGUAUAGAAUGUCGGCAUCUGAAUUGUGUGAAUUAAAGAAGCAAUUGGAAGACUUACUUGAGAAGAAGUUUAUAAGACCAAGUGUGUCACCGUGGGGAGCUCCAGUGUUGCUAGUAAAGAAGAAAGAUGGUAGUAUGAGGCUUUGUAUCGAUUAUAGACAAUUGAAUAAAGUAACGAUCAAGAAUAAGUAUCCACUACCGAGAAUAUAUGAUUUGAUGGAUCAAUUAGUGGGUGCUUGUGUGUUACUUAGUUUAUGUCAAAGUUGA